UUUACAAUCGGCAAAACACGGCAAGUUAAUGCUUGUUGUACAACUUUCUAAACGUAUCUAAUUAAGAUGUUAGUAACAGUAGCUGUCAGAGGGUCUGGGCAUUAAAGUUGACUGCUGUUUCCAAACAAGAGCCUCUGCAGCUAACGUUAGUUAGACAUAGCAUUUGAUUUUGUUGACCGUAGGCAGCAAACAAUUUUUGUGGCUAGUCUGCUCUAGAACAGGCAGUCAUUUAUUAUCUAUUUCUACUCAAAUAUUCCACAGAAAAGACGUGUCACCAUGCUUCAGGACGUUAUGGACACGGGAGAGUCGAUGGUCAAAAUACUGAAAAGCAGCAAAGCUGACGAUGAAUUAAGAAAAGUGAGAGAAAAACAGCAGUCUUUCUUUGAGCGACACUUGGACACGAAGAAAACCAUCACACUGGUGUUAAACGGUGUAGUUCAGUGUGAGGAUGAGGCGAGCCAGAAACUGCUGGACAUGGAGGGGCAGAAGAUCCAGGCAGAGCGGGAACUGGACAGCCUGGAGCAGGAGCUGCAGCAGUGUACAGCAAGGAGCCAGAACAUGGACUCAGAACUACAGUUCCUGCAGAGGGAGCUGGAGAGUCUGCGUGACUCGGAGCAGGAGCUGCAGACCCUGCAGCAGGAGGUUGAUGAUGACACUACAGAGGUCAUCCCAUCAGCCAUAUACGUGGCCCAGUUGUACCACAAGGUGACCAAGAUCAAGUGGGAGUAUGACACGGAGCCACACAUUCUGAGAGGAGUUCACUAUGGAGCUGACCUGGCCACACCAAUCAACAUAGACACCUCUGUGCGGUCUCGGUGUUCAGUCAGUGAUGAGCUGUGGAACUUUGUCAGCACUGAAUGGUAGAAGAGAUCAAAGUAAAGUUGCCAUAUCUGUCCAGUAGUUGUUUGUCCUGUAGUUGGAUUGUCUGUGGUGUUUGUGUUGUGUGUUGUAAUACAUUUAUUUUAAACUAAGAUUGUAUUCCUAUUGUUGGUAUUGCCUUCCAUGACAUUUUGUUAUAUUGAAUAAAGCAGUUUUUCUAAACAUCA